AUGGCAGUUGCAAUCCCCCCAGGCGGAACCUUCUUCGAUACGCUCAACAAGAGCUUCGUCGAUGUCAACAUUGACGAGUCCAAUGACAAGGCUAUCAAGACGACCGACUUUCUCCAGGCUGCCGAGAGCUUGACUACUCUUUUCGAUGUCUUGGGCGGAGUAGCCUUCAAGCCCGUCAAGAGUGACAUGGCUGGCAACAUCAAGAAAAUCCAAGACAGACAGGCCGCUGCACCAACACUCUCCGAGACCCUCCAGGAUCUUGUUCUCAACGAGCUCAAGGAGAAGAAACACACUGCCACUGAAGGCCUUGUAUGGCUGAACCGUGGCCUGGACUUUACUGCCCAAGCUCUCCGCCACAACAUCACCAACUCAUCCGUCGAGCUUGCCCAAUCCUUCCGUGACGCCUACGGAAACACCCUCAAGCCCCACCACUCGUUUGUCGUCAAGCCCAUUUUCAGCGCCGCCAUGAGCGCUACUCCAUACCGCGCCGACUUUUACAAGAAGCUGGGAGACGACGAGACCAAGGUUCAGGCUGAGCUGGAGAAGUGGCUGACUGCACUGGAGAAGGAUGUUGCCGUCCUGAACGAGUUCCUCGCCAGGAAGGAGGCCAAGUGGUAG